AUGACCAAUCAGACACAGAUGAUGGAAUUCUUGCUUGUGAGAUUUACUGAGAAUUGGAUGCUCCUGAGGCUGCAUGCUUUGCUCUUCUCACUGAUCUACCUCACGGCUGUGCUGAUGAAUUUAGUCAUCAUUCUCCUCAUGAUUCUUGACCAUCGUCUCCACAUGGCAAUGUACUUUUUCCUCCGACAUUUGUCCUUCUUAGACCUGUGUCUCAUUUCUGCCACAGUCCCCAAAUCCAUCCUCAACUCCGUUGCCUCCACUGACUCCAUCUUCCUGGGGUGUGUGUUGCAGCUCUUCUUGGUGGUACUGCUGGCUGGAUCAGAGAUUGGCAUCCUUACUGCCAUGUCCUAUGACCGCUAUGCUGCCAUCUGCCGCCCCCUACACUAUGAGGCUGUCAUGAGCAGAGGGUUCUGUGUCCAGUUGAUGGCUCUGUCCUGGCUCAACAGAGGGGCCUUGGGACUCUUGUACACAGCUGGAACAUUCUCUCUGAAUUUUUAUGGCUCUGAUGAGAUACAUCAGUUCUUCUGUGAUGUCCCUGCCCUACUAAAGCUCAUUUGUUCUAAAGAACAUGCCAUCAUUAGUGUCAGUGUGGCCAUUGGGGUCUGUUAUGCAUUUUCAUGUUUAGUUUGCAUUGUAGUUUCCUAUGUGUACAUUUUCUCUGCUGUGUUAAGGAUAUCACCGAGAGAGAGACAAUCCAAAGCCUUUUCCAACUGUGUGCCUCACCUCAUUGUUGUCACUGUGUUUCUUGUAACAGGUGCUGUUGCUUAUUUAAAGCCAGGGUCUGAUGCACCUUCUAUUCUAGACUUGCUGGUGUCUGUGUUCUAUUCUGUCCCACCUCCAACCUUGAACCCUGUUAUCUACUGUCUGAAGAACAAGGACAUUAAAUCCGCUCUGAGUAAAGUCCUGUGGAAUGUUAGAAGCAGUGGGGUAAUGAAAAGAUGA